AUGUGCUUCCAUCGAGCUGACACCAAAUUGCGCGAUGCACUUCGUCUUGCUGAGCACAGGUGGGAUCUCAUUGCAGGUGCCCUAGCGGAUCAAGGUAUAGAGUGGCAUUUUAUUCCACUCGGGGCACCUCACUUUAGAGGUCUCUGGGUGGCCGUGGUCAAGUCCAUCAAAGGUUAUCUCCGACGAGUUAUGGGCUCACGGCACCUGACGUACGAGGAGUUCUCAACCGUCUUAGUUGGGAUCGAAGUUGUCCUCAACAACCAACCCCUCACUCCACUGUCGGGCGACACGGACGACCUGGGCAUGCUGACCCCCGGUCACUUCCUCAUCGGAGCACCCCUUAAUUCAAUUAUUGAGGCUGCAACACCCAAUCAGGAUCUCGACCAUCUGGCUCACUGGGAGCUUGUCCGAGGCAUCAGAGCGCAAUUCUGUGCCCGAUGGAGUCGGGAGUAUCUUAAUACUCUUUAA